GCCAGCCGCUGUUCAGGAUGCUGAAACGGGGAACUACAUCCGCGGUCGCUAGUCCCCGGGGGACGGGGGGAGGAUAGGCGGAGCGGUUCCAUCCGGGGCCUCGGAGCUUGGUCACUGUGGGAAGGGAAGGAAGAGCGGCUCCAUCCGGGUCUUAGCGAUGCUGUCCUGACAGGAAUCCGACCAGGGAGGGGCUGACUUCGAGGGAAGCCUGCUGCGCGAGGAGAAACAGAGCCGGCCGCGGGCAGAUUGCGGAAGCCUUGGCGGAGCCGCCACCUCCUGCUGCGCUCGGUCCCCGGCUCACGCGCGCAGGUAGGGCCCGGCCCCGCUUGAGCAACAACAGCCGCCGUCUCCGCCGAGCGUCCCGUGCAACGCCACUGGUCCGAGCUGCAGGCAGGGCCUCCCUUGGGCAGCGGCCUAGCCACACACCUUUCACGCCCUCUUAAGGAUCGCCCCUCCCGACGGCCUUGCCCCUGCCAGAGGCACCGAGAGCCGUCCGUCUUCUUAAGGCUGGGUGUGGAGACUUUCUGCGAGCGGAGGCCUCUCCUGCUUUCGCCACCCCCUCGGAAUCGUACAUUCUUGAGCCUACAAGUCCUGCUAAUAAUCACUUGGUAGCCAAGAUGAGUACCUGCUUCCUGAAACUCUUAAGCAAUGGAUGAAGACGCAAAUCAAAUGCAGCCCUUGAAUGACAAGCAGGUGCUGAACUCGGAAGGUGGAUAUGUAUGGCAGGUCACAGAUAUGAAUCGACUCCACCGUUUCUUAUGUUUUGGUUCAGAAGGUGGUACUUACUACAUCAAGGAGCAGAAACUGGGCUUUGAAAAUGCUGAAGUUUUAAUAAGACUGAUUGAAGAUGGCAAAGGUUGUGAUGUGGUACAGGAAAUAAAGACGUUCAGCCAAGAAGGCAGGGCAGCAAAACAGGAGCCCAUGCUUUUUGCUCUUGCAAUUUGUUCACAGUGCUCUGAUGCAAAAACAAAACAAGCAGCAUUUAAGGCUGUUUCUGAAGUCUGCCGCAUACCAACUCAUCUGUUUACUUUCAUCCAGUUUAAAAAGGAUCUGAAGGUGGGCAUGAAGUGUGGCAUGUGGGGCCGUGCCCUGAGGAAAGCUGUUGCAGACUGGUACAAUGGAAAGAAUGGCCUGGCUGUUGCUUUAGCAGUUACAAAAUAUAAACAAAGAAAUGGUUGGUCUCAUAAAGAUCUGCUGAGGUUGUCCCACCUAAAACCUGCCAGUGAAGGACUUGCUGUAGUUACUAAGUAUAUCACCAAGGGGUGGAAGGAAGUCCAGGAGGCAUAUAAAGACAAGGAAUUUUCUUCUGAGACUGAAAAAUUGUUAAAAUAUCUGGAGGCUGUGGAGAAAGUGAAACACACGAAAGAUGAAUUGGAAGUUAUUCAUUUGAUAGAAGAGUAUAGGUUAGUUAGGGAGCAUCUCCAGACAAACCAUUUGAAAUCUAAAGAGGUGUGGAAGGCAUUGUUGCAGGAGAUGCCCAUUACAGCAAUGUUGAGGAACCUAGGAAAGAUGACUGCAAAUUCAGUACUUGAACCAGCAAGCCCAGAAGUAGCAAUAGUGUGUGAAAGACUGAGAAAUGAGAAAUUGUUAAAAAAGGCUCGAAUACAUCCAUUCCAUGUUUUGGUUGCAUUAGAAACCUACAAAACAGGACAUGGAAACCGGGGAAAACUUCGGUGGCUUCCUGAUAAAGACAUUUUAGAAGCUCUUGAUGCCUCUUUUUACAAAACAUUCAAGACAGUGGAACCAACAGGAAAGCGUUUCUUGCUUGCAGUUGAUGUCAGUGCUUCCAUGACACACAAAGUUUUGGGCAGUGUGCUCAAUGCUAGUACAGUUGCUGCAGCAAUGUGUAUGGUUGUUGCACGCACAGAGAAAGAUUCCAAUAUUGUUGCCUUUUCACAUGAAAUGGUCCCCUGUCCAGUGACGAAAGACAUGACAUUACCUCAAGUAUUAGUGAAAAUGUAUGAAAUUCCAAUGGGUGCUACUGAUUGUUCUCUACCAAUGAUAUGGGCUCAAAAAACACACACAGCUGCUGAUAUCUUUAUUGUGUUCACUGAUAAUGAGACCUUUGCUGGAUAUAUUCAUCCUGCAGUUGCUCUAAAGGAGUACAGAGAGAAAAUGGGUAUUCCAUCUAAACUGAUCGUGUGUGGAAUGACAUCAAAUGGCUUUACCAUAGCAGACCCAGAUGAUAGAGGCAUGUUGGAUAUAUGUGGCUUUGACACAGGAGCUCUCGAUGUCAUUCGCAACUUCACUUUGGAUUUGAUUUAAUCUGUUAGCACCUGUUAUUCACAGUGGGUCCGUUGCUGGCAAGAGACUCUGCCCUGAGAACUGCCAGCCAAAUGUACUGUACUAAAAUAUGGCACAUGAUGCACGUAUCAAAAUGAUACCUUUUUGUAAAGGGAAAAGCAGAUGAGAAAUUACUUUUUUUUUUUCUGUUGCACGUAGUUUAAAAAUAACAAUGGGAAAGCCUGCUAAACGUAGCUACACAGUUUGAUUUAAUUUCAUUUAUAAUAGUUGAACAAUACUAAGGUUUUCUGUCACUGUACAAUGCCUUUGUCUUCAAUAAUAAAUUGAUGAGUUACUUCUGGUAUUGGGAGUCUGGGCAGGAAAGGGAAAUGGUGUUAUUGUUUUGAAAUAGUGUCAAUUUAACAGCAGUUUACUCACGGUUUUUGGUUUUGUUUUUUUUUAAUAUUUGUAUUUGCGAAGAAUAAGAUUCAACCUUUUCCAUUGUUCAGUUUCAAAUCUAUAAAAGAGAAAUUAUUUUCUGGAGUGCACUAGACCGUGUAACUGUGAUGGAAUGUAAAAGUUACUUGUCAAAUUUUAUACUGACAAAGUAAAAGUGGAAAUAUAUGAUUAAAUUGUGAUAAUCAGACUUUUUCUGAACAGAUUACUAUCUGGAUCUUCUAAAAUAAAAUACGUAACUUUUGGUAAAUUGAAAGGCAGUUUUUGUAAAUUGCAAUUUCUGCAGACUAUUGUAGAAUUUGUAUGCUUUGUAAGAAAUCUCUACAAACUCUUUUUGGCAAAAGAGAGGAUCCCUGAAGUCAUAAAAUCAAGUCCCAUCCUCCAAAGUAAUAGCUUGCUGAGGUUUCAAGUGCUUUUUCGAUGAAGAAGAUUAACAGAUACGUCUGAAUUAGUGUGACUCUUAAGUUUUGGUCAUCAUAACCAGAAAAAAAUUAGCUGUUAAUUUCUGUAUUAUCUGCUCAUUCUUUUGAAGAAAUCUUACCAUCCAAAAAAGCAGAGCACUUCUUAGCAUUUGUUUUAAAAAGAAAUUCAAUCAGUAAUCUGUUUUCAAAACUACUUCUACUUUGUAGUGACAUUCUUACAGUGAUCUUUCUGCAUUAUACAGCUGUCCCCUACACACUCAAAAUCUUACUUGUUUAGCAGUGUUUUGGAAAUGAGAGUUUUAAUCUUCUGUAUGACAAUAAAGAAAGAAGAGGACAAAAGGCAUAGGGGAGAAAGUUGUGUCUACAGAUAACUUCUUGACUCUGUUUUCGAGCAGGAAUUAAUAGUAAUGUGUUUUUUCUAUCUAUCCUAUCUAUCCAUCAAAAGGUCUCUUCAGAAUGUCACAGAUUAAGAACACAAGUUUUAUCUUUAAGGUUUUUAAGUAAUACUUUACAUCUUUCCCUAAAUUGUAUGCAUGUGGCUGUCAGUGUCCUGCUAGCUGUGGUUAUUUUACAAGAUUAAUUUGGUAUUUGUUUGAAAAAGAUUGUAGUUAUAAAAUAAGCUAAUUAUAGUAAAUAAUACAUCACACUUCUGUUGCUAUACUGAAAAUAUCCUUUGAGAUAUAAAGCAGGUGUUCACAUUUGAACAAUGUAUAAACUCUUGAUAUCUCCUUAUUCAAUAUGUUUAAAGUAUAAAGAAAAUAAGUUCAAAGUUAGUGUUUGUAGGAUGGAGAUUUUAGACUCUGACAAUAUUUAAAAUAUAGAUGGGUGACUGCAUGCUCCAGGCUUACUGCCUCAAUUUGUCAGACUAAUGUUCAAGGUAUCAUACUACCCAUUUAUGCCCUACUUCAAGGAUUAAUUAGAACAGUGAAGACAGCAUUUGAGCUGUUUUUAAAAUUGUCUUUUGAAGAACUGGUGGUAAUGGAGUAGUGGCUUUCAGUCAAAGUGAAUGGAACUUCUUUCAGUUAAUAGUUGGUAAGUGACAGUGCAGUAGUAGAAUAAAGUUUUCAAAAUGCGGGGCUACUAACAGUUUUUUCAGGUGACAACAUCCAGAAGCAACUCCACUGCUUUCUUUGUAAAAGGAAUUUCAAGAGGCAGGUCCCCCAUCUUAUUUUUAUAUUAAAAGUGGGUUUUGUUUUUUCUUUUUAAAUAUAGUAAUAUUUUCUAAAUCACACAAUAGUUGAAUAUUUAAUAAAAAUGUUUACUCCUGAGCCAGAGAAGUUAAUGAAAACUGGGAAGGUGUUGUAAGUAGUUUAUUAUUGGGAAGUAAUAAGAGUCUAGUGUUUUAGUAUAAAUAUUACAUGGAUUGGAAAAUUAGGAAGCUGUGUACUUAGAAAAUAUGAAAUGACCUUAUGCAAUUCUUGCACAAACCUAUGAUAAUUAAAAGGAUUUGAUAGGACUAAUGACGGUACUAACAGAUUAAUAGUGGAAAAUUACACUAAUACUGAAUCAUUGAAAUAAGCCCAGUUGAAAACCUAAAUCCUUGAACUAGAUAAACAGAGUGAAGGUAAACAUUCAGUACAGUCUACAGCAGAUUAAGUACAUCUGUUAGAGUUGUGUACCACUUCUAGUCAUAUCCUCUCCAUUAUUGAAAAGAUGGAGUAUGGAAUAUGCUCCUAAGUACUUACCUUACUCUCUACUGAAAGAUACUAAUAGGGUACAGUUUUACAUUCUGACUGGUUUUGUUUGUACUGAUAGGACUAUAUUGUACCCUAUGUGGGCUGUCCCCCCAAAUGUUCCCAUUAGUGGAUGAAUAGGGUUUGUGCCUUCCUUCCAUGGAAGUGGUAGAGAGAGGAGUCCUUUUCCCCAAUAGCAGAUUGCUUGAGAUCCGCAAAGGCCUUACUUCUGGCAGGAGUUGGGAGGCAAAACAGAGGGGCUGCCGUCGCCUAAGCCUCCCCUUGAAGAUUUCUAGAGUACAGAGAGGGAGAGCUGGAAGUUUAGCAUGUACGCUAAUACUGACCUUGUCAGUGUUAAAGUCCCACAAGUCUGGAAGACGUAUUUCCACUCACAUUCUCUUUUUGCAUAUGGUUCUGAACCCUAAGGUUGGGAGCAUAGAGCAUAACAUAUGCAUAGAGCAUAACCUGAUUGCUAUGGUUGUUUCCUUCUUUAGUCUUAAAUCCAGUAACCAAACAGUUUCUAGUCUGCAGAAUGAAUAGGUCAAGAUAAUUUGCAAAUUGCAGUGUUGAGGUGUGUGUGUGUUUGGGGGGGGGGGGGGGGUGAGAACUAGUCUAAUAGUUACAGUAACAUUAAAAAAUACCAUUAAAAUGUGUGAAUUAAAGGCAUAAUUGCUGAACUUUAUUCAGAAUUAAAUUAUUAAUGGUAAAUAUACUGUAUUACCUUUUCACCAAAGAGGAGAGAUGACUUUAUCAUGUUAAUGUUAUUGUUUGCAUUGGUGGAACACUUUGUUUCCAUUUGGCUCUAGAUAAAAUACAAUAAAGUAUAAUUGUGCACUGAGAUUUAUUACAGAAAGGAGAAAUUUAAGAGAGAGUUUGAAAUUAAGUUCAGUUUUUCAAAGCGAAUAUUUCCAAAUGUCUGCAGUGGGGAAAAGUCCAGUUAGGGGUGUGAUUUGAUUUCCUGAUACCUGCCUGAAUAAAGAGGCUUUCAAAUCAAUUUCCAUUUCACUAGGAACCCACAUGCUAGAUUUUCAUUAGAGUUAUUGAUAGCUACAGAAUACGUAUGUGGGUUGUUGAAAGAAUGAAAAACACUUAGUAAUAGCCGGGUUUGUAAUAUAUAGUGCUGCUGUGCAAGAGGCUAAUGGAGUUUGGAAGCAUUUCAAAAAUAUUUAACAUUAUCCUAACACCUGAGAAUAACACCUAACUAUUGUGUAUAUUUAAGGAUGUAAUGGUGACAGGCUUGUGCUUUGAGAAAGAAGGGUGGGGGGGGUUUGAGAACUGGAAGCAUAAUAUGUAAGUAAAACUCAGAAAGGGUGAUCAAGUGCUCAUUGAUUUUAUAUGCCAAGAGUUUGCCUCAAAGAAGUGAGAGGAUACUUUUUUGAUCAGAGCAGUGAUAACGGAGCCCAAACUAUAAACUCAUUGCUAGAAGAAUAUGUAUGUGGAUUUAGGACUUCAAAAAAACUACCUGAUUUAAGAUCCCGAUUUGGGUAGCUCUUUAAAAAGACAAUUGGGGGCAGGGGGAAAGUGUUUCCUGAAAACACUUAGGCCAUGUCCACACUUACCCGUAGAUUGGCUCUGCUGCAAUCGAUGCAGCAGUGUUGAUUUAGCGGUCUGUUGAAGACCCACUAAAUCGAUUGCAGAGCAUUCCCCAGUCGAUUCUGGUACUCCAGCUCCCCAGUUGCCGGGAGAGAGAGGGAAGUUGCCAGGAGAGCUUCUCCUGUCGAUCCAGCACAGUGUAGAUGCCGGGGUAAGUUGACUUAAGCUACGUCGACAUCAGUUAUGUUAUUCACAUAACUGAACUAGUGUAACUUGGGUCGACUUGCCACAGUAGUCUAGACCAGCCCUUAAAUUCCCUCUCCCUUUUUACCUUAUUUAUUUACAUUUUAGUGUAUUUAUAUAUAUGUUAUAUAUAUCAAACAAUUUAAAAUAACAAAAUAUAAAAUAUAGAGAAGUUAAUUAAAAUGGAACUUAACAGGUUGUCAAGAAUUGGGUUUUACACUGAGAAAUUUGGACUUACGAUAAAGAAGGAGAAUUUGAGAUCCAUUUGUAUUUUUUAAAUACAGGAAAGAGUGUCAUUUACCCACAAUCCUAAAAAUGGAAACGAUAAUCUAAAAAUAAGUCUACUCAGCUUCCAAAUGUCAUGGGGCCAGUUUGAUAAAACAGCAGUAAAGUAACUGGCCAUAAAACCACUCUGUGCUUAAAACACGUAUUAAGUCAGUUAGCUUGUAGACAGUCGUAAUUAUGACAUAAUCAGUAAUAAGAAGCAACAUUUUUAUACUCCUUUAAGCCCCUAAAAUAGUGUGUCCUUAAAAGGCUAUACAGCACAAACCUUAUAUUAUUCUUGGUUUAAAAUGUAUAUAAAUUAAUCUAGACUUUUUCUUUUUAACCUAUGUUUGAUCUACAAAGGCACCUUCUUCAGCUAACCAUUGUUAUCCAUUGCAAAAACACUGCACUUAUUAAUCAUGUAGCUAGUUGGCUGCCUGCCCCAAGCUGGGGCAUUAGUUGUGCCAGUUCUAUCUAUUGUCCUUGCGCCGAUUUGUUCUCCCACUGAUACUGGCGUGUUUUUUUUUCUCUUCCCCAUCUCUGUUCUGGUCUUUAAUCUUUACUUCUGUUUAACUUCACAAUUUGCCUUGUGCUUCUGAUCUCAUUCUGCACUAUAGUAAGAUUGUUGUUGGUUUGUAAAGUUGAUGAGCAUGCUGUAUUUCCUCAUUAAUAACAACUAACACCAGAGCAUUCCUUUUAUUUACAAUUUUUUGCCUUAUAUAUUUUAAAACUUAAAUAAUUUUCAUUUCUUUAGCAUACAAAUUGUAGGAAAAGUUAUUUGUAACUAACUAGAUCAGAUUUUUCAUAAAUUAUAAAGCCAGAAGAGGCACCAUUGGGAUCGUCUAGUCUGAUUUGUAAAAUACAGGAAAUAUAUCAUUGCACAUAAAAUCUGCUUCUUCGAGUGCUUGCUAAUGUCCAUUCCAAUGUAGGUGGGCGCGUGUCGCAUACACUGUCGCCGGAAAGGUUUUUCCUUAGAGGCAUCCGUUGUGUUGGCUCUGGUGCCCCCUAGAGUUGUGCCCUCUUGGCAGGGUAUAUAGGACACCUACCAACCCACUGCCCCUUCAGUUCCUUCUUACCGCCUGUGACAGUCUCUGGAACAUCUCUGGUCUCUUGCAAGUGCUUCGUCUCAGUGGACUUUUUCUAUAAAAUAGUUGUAAAUAGCUACUGUUAGUGGUUAAUUAGGACUUAGAAGCAGUAUAGUUAUUAAAUGUUUCCCACUUAGUGGAGUUAGGCCGCCUGGGCCCAAGUGGGCUGCCUCAGUCCCAGGGGUUCAAUCAGUGAGCGGCGCGCCACAAACCGAUGCCAGUUAGUGACCCACACAGUAGUUGUCUGAGGUGUCUGGGGGAUGCAGGAGCAAUGCAGAAUCUUCAGGAGCUUCAAGCCCAGGACAAAAAAGGACAGGGACAACAGACUUAAGUUCCUCGUCAUGGGGGCAGUGCUUUGUCCCCCCCUCAGCACCAAUUCAGGUGGAAUUGGCACCAAGUACUUGGAUGUUGGUGAGGAGUGCCCUCGCCCCUCUGAGGGAGGCGGGGUGCUGUUCCCUUUUCCUGGCACCAAGAAAGGACUCUGCACCGGUGACCCAGGACUCCCAGCAUCACCAUGUGUCCCUGAUGGAAAUCAAGUCAACACUGGCAACAGACUCCUGGCACUACUCACUGUCACCGAUGCCAAAGAAGAAACAAAACAAGGUGGACCGGGGGUGCUCUGCAACCCCAAAUUCCACGAGUAAUAGGGAUGCUGUGAGGGUGCGACCUGUGCCAGGCCACUCUGAGGCACCGAUGGCGCAUGCAACACCGUCAACUCCGGCCCUGUAAAGUUUGUUGUUGAGUCCAGUGCCAGUGGACUCCCUUCCCAGGGAAAGCUACUGCAGCACAAUAGCCCUGGCUCUACCAUCUAUGCCAGAAUUUUCUGAGGCAGCGAGAGUCCUUUCUCUCCUGAUGCUGCCUUCCCCAGCCAUCCAGGAACUGUUGGUGGCAGCUCCAGCACCGAGGACCCAAGGCAGGCGCCAGCGAAGGGCAAGCUGGCAAUGAUGGCAUGGCACCGGUCCCCUCCAUCGCAGCACCGCUUUCUAGUACUGGUCGGCACCACCUUGGUCUCCAAGAAGCAAAUCUUCCGACUCUGAUUUGGAAGCAGAGUCCAAUGCUUUGCGCAGGAGCAGACAUGGCUCAGCUCGGCGACACCCGGAGGCAGACAUGGGCCAGGGCAUGAUGCUGGCUGCAUGGCCACCAACGCAAUGGCAGCUUGCCACUGCUUCCAGACUUGAUCUCCCAAGAUCACAGUCUCCUACGUCACCCAAACCUCAAAUCCCGCUACCUCACGGCUUGGAAGCUCCAGUUUGCAAGGUGUUCUUGAGGCGUAGGAAGCCUUCUACUAGGGCCACAUAUCUGGAAAAGUGGAAGCGGUUAUCGGUCUGGUCGACACAGAAAACUGUUUUGCCUACGGAAUUAUCACUGUCCUUCAUCCUGGACUACCUGCUCCACUUAAAGCAGGAAUGUCUGAUGGUGUCAUCUAUAAGGGUUCAUCUGCCCACGAUCUUUGUGUUUCACCCCGGGUGAAUGGCCAAUCGGUCUUCUCCAAAGCAAUCUGUGGCUCUUUCUUUAAAGGUCUGGAACGACUGUAUCCACACAUACGACAGCCCCUGCCUCCGUGGGACAUCAACUUGGUGCUGUCGAGGCUGAUCAGACCUACAUUUGAGCUGCUGGCGAUGUUCUCCCUGCUUUACCUGUCUUAGAAGGUGGCCUUCCUAGUAGCCAUUACUUCUGCCAGAAGGGUCUCUGAGAUAUGAACGCUUACCUCAGAAUCACCAUAUAUGGUCUCCUUCAAGGACAAGGUACUGCUGUGGCCACACCCAUCUUUCCUGCCAAAGGUGGUCUUGCAAUUUCAUAGUAAUCAGGAUAUCAUUCUGCCAGUCUUCUAUCUGAAGACACAUGCUAAUAGGGAAAAACAGAGACUACACUUGCUGGAUGUGAAGCGUGCACCAGCUUUUUACAGAGAGGACCAAACCCUUUAGAAAGUCCACCCAACUGUUAAUAGCUAUCACGGACAAAAUGAAAAGCUGACCAAUCUCUCCCCAAAGAAUCUUUAUCACGGAUCACCUGUAUCCACACAUAUGACCUAGCAAAGGUCCCAGUUCUUAGGUUGACAGCCCACUCUACAAGAGCUCAAGCAUCAUGGAUAGCGUUUUGUGUGGCACAAGUGUCAAUCCAGGAUAUCUGUAGAGUGGCAACAUGGUUGUCGAUCCACAUGUUCAUGACAAAAAGCAAAGGAGUACUUGUGGCACCUUAGAGACUAACCAAUUUAUUUGAGCAUAAGCUUUCGUGAGCUACAGCUCAAUGCAUCCUGUAGCUCAUGAAAGCUUAUGCUCAAAUAAAUUGGUUAGUCUCUAAGGUGCCACAAGUACUCCUUUGCUUUUUGCGAAUACAGACUAACACGGCUGCUACUCUGAAACAUGUUCAUGACACACUAUCCUAUCACUUAACAAGCUAGAGAUGACUCAGACUUCAGCUGAGCAGCGCUACAAUCAGCGUGUCAAUGAACUCCAAACCUUCCACCUGCACAACUGUUUCAGAGUCACCUACAUCAGAAUGGACAUGAGCAAACACUUGAAGAAAAAACGGUUACUAACCAUCCGUAACUGUUGUUGUUUGAGAUAUGUUGCUCAUGUCCAUUCCAAAAUCUGCCCGCUUUAUCCCUGUAUCGGAGUUAGCUGACAAAAAGGAAAUUAGGGGUCGGCAGGAUGCUAUAUACUGCACCAUCAGGGUGCGACUCCAGUGGGCACCAGAGCCUACCCGACAGAUACCACUGAGGGAAAAACUUUCCGAUGAUGGUGCAUGCAGCAUGUGCACACCUACAUUGGAAUGGACAUGAGCAACACAUUUCUAAGAACAAUUAUGGAAAGUUAGUAACAGGUUUUUAUUUUUUUUCUUAUUUUUUCUUUUUGGAAAAUAAUUCUCAAAGAUAAUCCAACACCUACCCGUAUGAUGAUUUAAUAGGCUUUAUUUUUUGAAAAUUAUCAUUUUAAAUUACCUUGUACAAUUUUAAAGUCUCUCUCUCUAUAGUUUAUAUAGUGAUCAUGCUCUCUAUUCUUUUUAAAAUAUAUUGAGUUUAUAUUAUUUCCAUAAUAAAGGGACCUAUUAAAUUAAUAUUCUGGAUAGAUAGGCAGCUUUGCAACAUUACUGCAAUUUUCUUGUAUCUAGAAUGUAGGCAGAAAUUUGAGAAAGGAGAUUGAUUCUUUAUCAUGUAUAGGCUUUAAAUUAAUUUGACAAUAUUUCAUCAUUUUUACAGGUUUAUGCUAGCUAUUUUCAAAGGUUUUAUAGAGACAUAUGUACAGUCAAGAUAUGGUUUGAACAGACUUAUUCUUGUAAUAGGUAGAAGUUUUUACAUGUUUUUACCGUACCAUAAGAUUGCAUAGCAUACAGCAUUACUGAAAAUAUUGAAUGAGUGAGGAAUAUGGGGAAAAAGGUAAGUCAGUAAGAUGGUAUAUGUGCUGCUUGUCAUACCUAAAAUUGAGGUUAAGUUUAACAAAUCUCAGCAGGAGGUAUGAUGCCUGUAAGUGUGUGUGUGUGUUACAUGUGGGUUUAUAGUUUCUAAUAUUGUGACAUUUUUCCUUCAGAUAUUUCUGCAUUUUGAAUUUAAGUUUAAAUAAACAUAUGGUAACACUUAAAGGUAAGAACAUGUAAAAAUGAUUAUUUGACAAAUAAUGAAUAGAAAUAAUAAUAAAUGGUACGAACUAAUAAAUGUUAUCAGCUUCUUAAUAGUUGAGCUCAACAGAUAACAAAUAAAAUGACUAUUCUACUACACUUUCAUUUUAAAGUACGGUACUGAAAUAAUUGUUUUAAAAGUCACUUUCUUAUGCAGUAGUUUUGCACGUGGGGGUGUAUUCAAAUUUCUAUAGGCAUACUUAACUGAUUUACAGUAAAUUCCCUCCCCCAAUUUAUUACACAUUUUAGCAAUGCAGAGUUUGGUCUGGGUGAGAAACCUUGAUUCUGUUCGAUUCAAACAUCAUGAUCAACAUAACUGAGUUCCUAUUGCAGAAUCUUUUUUAUUGGUGAUGUAUGUGUUUAACUCUCAGCUCCCAGAUUGAAUUUGCAGGCUAGCAAUUAGAAAAACAAUGUGUAAUUGUAAGCUAUACAGUUUUGAUCUGAAGUCAUCGAUAAACAAUAAACGUGGAACACUCUCCCUCCCCAUAAUGCAGAUUUUAGAGUCCUGUUUUAGAGUAGAAACCUCACUUUUUAAAAUAAAAAAUAUGGCUUUGUGCUACUUUCUAUAGAAUAAAACUAAACUCAUUUGAGAAAAGAUCUUUGGAAGGAAGAGCCUUAAUUUGGUAAAUAAUGACAACAUUAACCAUUUGAGUACCUUAACACAUUCAUCUUUAUUUAGUAAAUGGGCACUCAUUAGUAUCUAUAGGCACUCAGUGUGUUUCCUGAACUAUUAGUGGAAUUUUGCCUUAAACAAUUCCCUCAGAUUACUAGAGCAUAGAACUCAAAGGGUUAGUAUUUUAGAAAGAUUUUUAAAAAUGUACAGGUAACAAAAUGAAAAGUAAGGUCUUGAGAAAAUUCCUUUGCAUGCUAUUAUUUUUUUACACUCUGGGAAGAUUUACUAGUCUUCAUCUGAGGUCUUGUUUUUAAUUAACAGACCUAAGUAAUCUACAUAGAGGGAAAAAAAGAAGAAAAAUCUUUGUUACCAGUAUUUGUACAAAAUAGUUUUUAUUUAGUACAAAAUUAGUGAGAGAGGUAUAAAUUUGUGUGUUUAAUUUGAUGGAUGUCUCCUUGUAAAUCAAAACUUACCAGGACAGUGAAGAAUUUAGUAAAAUGUAGUAAACUUUGCAAUAAUAAGAAUAAAAUAUAUAUCCAGGAUCAGUGUGUUUAUUAACUCUUUUCUAUACGUUAAAGAUGCACUAUGCCUUUCAGAAACUGUGGAGAGGGCGUAUUAUUUAAACUGAAAAAUUAAUUGCAACCUAAAAAGUUCAGGGCGAUAAAGUGUAUUGUGAGAAUAAGUAUGCAGGUCUUAAAUUACAUCGGGUCUCUUUCUAAUCAUAUUCUCUGCUCUGAAGAGAUAUUUGAUGCUACAUCUCUUUGGGAAGGAACUGUCUCCUACUGUGAAUUUGUACAGUACAGUCUGGGGCCACAAUCCUAAGUGAGACCUCUGGGCACCACUUUAAUACAAAUAAUGACUAAUAAUAAUUGAUCAGCCGUAAGCCUUUUUUAUUGUGAAUAGUGCAUCUUUAACAGUAUAAUGGUCCAUUUUGAGGAAGAAAAGGAUAUGCUUUCCUGUUUGCAUAUUAACAACAUUUCUCAAAUACUGCAGGGUCUUGCUGUUACCAAUAUCCUGGCCUUAGAUGUACAUUAUAUUGAAAUUACUAUUUUUAGACGUUUACUUGCAAGUGAAAUAAUGCUAAUAAACUGCAUUAUGACUGUAGAAUUUGAUACGAGUACUAAAUAAACUCUAUGAAUAGCAGACUAUA